AUGAAAGAGUUUCGACUUCUUCUCACAAUUUUCCAAGCGGCUUGUCUUUUCUCAACAAGAUCUCAAGCAGUCCCUACCAAGGCCAAAGAUGGAAAGACCCAACCGUCGUCCUCGAUCAACACCACAAGCGGGCGGUAUAUCGGCUCUCCCAGCAAGACCCACCCAGAUGUGCUCGAAUACAUCGGCAUUCGCUACGCACUGCCCCCAGUAAAAGAUUUGAGAUUCGCUCCGCCUGUGGCAUUUGUUUCUAAUCAAGUCUUCAAUGCUUCGACACAGCCGCCAGACUGCCCGUAUGUGGUACAUAACUGGGGGGCGGUCCCGGGCGAAUUGUACUCCCACGCGGGGCGGAUCAUGAGCGAAGAGUCUGCCGAUGCAUACAAUAUCAUGAGCGAAGACUGUCUGUACCUGAACCUUUGGACGAAAUCGUCGGGAAACUCGAAGAAGAAGCCUGUGCUGGUAUUCGUCUACGGAGGUGGAUUUGAACGUGGUUCAGUGAAUAACCCAACUUAUAACGGAGUGUAUUUCGCCGAGCAGGAAGACCUUGUUGUCGUUUCGUUCAACUACCGCGUCAACAUAUUCGGCUUCUCUGGUGCACCUGGAGCGGGCACCAACUUGGCUUUACGUGACUGCAGACUGGCACUGGAAUGGGUCCGAGACAACAUCGAGGCAUUUGGAGGAGACCCCACGCGAAUCACGAUGUUCGGUCAGUCACAGGGAGCGUGGAUCAUUUCUUGGUACGCUUAUGCUUUCCCGAACGACCCGAUCGCGCAGGCCUUCAUCCAAGAAUCUGGAUCAGCCUUUGCGGACCUCAGUUCUACGGAAGAGGAACGCGCGGCAAUUUGGAGGAAUGCCUCGGCUUCGAUCGGCUGUGAUCAGGCGUCAGACCCGGUGCGUCUCGAGUGCAUGAGGAAUCAGAGCGUCUCCACCGUCCUCGGGGCUAUGCUUUCGAUCCCCCAGCAAGGGGUAGCGCCGACGUUUGGGCCGCUGAUUGACGAAGAGCUCGUCUUCUCUAAUUACACGGCAAGGACGCUCUCGCGGGACUUUGCUCAAAAGCCUUUUCUGAUGGGCAGCAAUGACAACGAAGCCGGAUUCUACGUCAUGAGAUACGCAGGCAACAACCAAAUCACCCUGAGCGCGACCCAACAAGAGACCAUCAGCUACGGGGAAUUCGUCUGCCCCAUUGCCGCCGACGCGGCGGUGAAACGAGCUAUCGCGUCGGAGUCGGUGCCGGUGUGGCGGUACGAGUACUUCGGCAACUGGCCCAACCUGCGUCUGUACCCUGGCAGCGGGGCCUACCAUACCAGCGAAGUCUCGAUGGUUUUCGGCACGUCGGCGGACCUCACAGGGGAGCCGAAUACGCCACUCCAAGAAAUCGUCUCGCGAUACAUGAGACACGCGUGGGCGACUUUUGCCAGAGAUCCCAUGAAUGGCCUGCGUGAGCAGCUGGGCUGGCCGGUGUAUAACAAUACAGGUGAUACGCUUGUUCGACUGGGUUAUGGCAAUGAGACGAAGGCGUCAUUUGUGAGCCCGGCGGAAUAUGAUGCGCCAUGCUCGGCCUUGGUAUAA